AUGAGCAAGCGCUCGCUUGAAGAGUCUAGAACUCAGGUGUCUGAAGGCGACAACGGUCUGCUACCCAUUCAAGACCUGCUGUCGCCGGAUGAACAGGACAGUGGCACGCCAACCGGCGCGAAGAAGCCGAGGAACUUCAUUGCGACCGUGGCCUGUGAGACCUGCCGCUUGAAGAAGACGCGAUGUGACGAAUCGCGACCGCGCUGCGGACUGUGCAAGUCCCUGGGCCUUGAAUGCGUCUACAAUGAACGCAAGACAUCCAAACGGGAUCAGUCUCUCUCGAUGAUCAUGAGCACUCUUCAUCGCCUCGAGACGAAGCUAGAGAACAUUCCGUCAUCCAUCUUCAAUGAUAUCCAGUCGCUUCGGGGGCAGAUGCACCAUGUCAGCAAUACUCCGCACGGGCAGCCCUCGCCUGCGAUCGGUGAUGAUGGCUAUCGGUCAACGGUGACGCAGACGCCAAUGACCCUCAGCUUCACCCCGGCAAAUGAUGGAGACGACUUCGACUUUGAAGAGAACCAAACCACCCCAGACGCAACCGGUCGGAUCGCCAUUUCAUUCAGCCAGCACGGUGUCAUCCUCUGGCCUGGUGCCCGACAAAUUCUUCCUAAACAGCUGCUCGCUGCCUAUGAACUACUUGGCAAAAACUAUGUCAUUGAGCUGGAAUCGACGCGACCACCAUUGCCCAUAUUCACCAGUCCGUUUCCCCUGCAUGCAGGCGAGCACUGGCUGGAGUUACUGCCUCUGGCAAUGAUAAAGGGGCUAGCCGAUGUAUUUUUCAGUGUAUUCAAUCCGUUCACACCAAUCAUGGACAAGAGUUUCUUCUUUUCCUUUACCCUUGGUUCGGCCAUCGAAAGUGGCUUUGGUUACACUAUGGAGACCUGUAUUGUCCUGAAUGUCAUGGCAUUGGGAUGUUUGGCUGUCCUGGCUCAUCAAGAGGGAAAUUAUCCCUUACCAGGGACUCAGAGUCAUCGAUUUGAGCCACCUGAAUGGAUGAAUGUGGUCUAUGAGGAACAGCCCGGUUUGAGAUUCUUCAACGAAGCCCGUCGGCGCAUUGGAUUUUUGAUGUGCGACAAUGACCUUCAAAGCUGUCAAUUCUACCUUCUUUCUGCUGUCUACUACAGCCAGAUUCUCCGCCCAAUGGACGCGUGGGCCAUGAUACAUCGCGCCGCGACUUGCUGCCUGUCGAUGUUGACCAACCACGAUGUGAGCUUCGAUGAGUGGGAAGGCGACAUGAAGUCUCGCGUAUACUGGAACUGCCUCAUGAAUGAGACAAUUCUUGUUCAGGAGCUACAUCUCCCACCAAGUGGCCUAUCACGGCUUGAGGAAAUAGUCCCGAUUCCCAAGUUCAUUGGGUUUGAAACAACCGGCCAUGUUUCCACCCGGUAUCCCUCAUCGACGGUGGUCGACGACUCCUACUUCCAGUAUCAUUUCUUGGCGCAAGUGGCCCAUCGAAUCAUCCUCACGCGCAUUCGCCAUUCACUAUAUUUCUACUCCGACUCGGGUGCCAUUCCUCUGCCCGCCGUCAACGCCGAACUACGCCACCAACUCGAACAAUGGCGCACCAACCUCCCAUCCGCCAUCCAAUUUCCCGACUCAUAUCACCCACAACCAUAUUCCACCCCAGCAGAACCCUCACCGUCAUCCGCUUCACCAAACCCGAUUUCGCCUCGUCCCGCAGAUCCAAACCGCCCCCUCUCCCCAGCGGUAGCAGUCACAGACGCCAUGCUACGGGGCCGUUACAUGAUCGCACAGUUCCACAUUGGCCGACCAUAUCUAUAUAAAGCCCUCCGGAUUCCAGACUUACUAACAGAGGACGACAUAGAACAAAUCAAACGCGGGCUCCAAAACGCAAUGGAUUGGCCCGUUACUCAGGGCAUCUUCCGAAAAAUGAAAAGUUGCAUCCCUAUCAAGUUCGCUUUUUGCUCGCAAUUCUUUGGGCAGAUACUUCUGUUCUAUUGCAUUGCACAUUCGCCUAGUCCGCGCGUGCGUGAGACGCUUCCGGCUGGCUGGGAGCGCUGGAAUGAGGAGAUGAUGCGGUUUUUGGAGGAUUGUGCAAGACAAAGUCCUGCCGUGGCACAGGACUUGGAACUUCUCAGGUCUCUGUGGCCUGGGCAUAAUUGA